AUGGUAAAAAAAAAUUCAUUCAUCUCAGUUAUUUCGCAAAAAGAAAAAGAAGAAAACGAAAACAGGGGAUCUGUUGAAUUUCAAGUAUUAAGUUUCACCAAUAAAAUACGGAGACUUACUUCACAUUUGGAAUUGCACAGAAAAGACUAUUUAUCUCAAAGAGGUUUACGGAAAAUUUUGGGAAAACGUCAACGGCUGCUAGUUUAUUUGUCAAAGAAAAAUAGAGUACGUUAUAAAGAAUUAAUCAGUCAAUUGGAUAUUCGGGAGCCAAAAACUCGUUAA